AUGCGCAACCUUCGAAACAUUCGAUUCGGACAAUGCCAGCGUGCAAAUGUCACAGCUGCUUGUUGGGAUCCUGAGAAGGAUGAAGUUCUUUGCGUAGCUGGACCGACUGAGGAGAGCAGUGGUAUCGAGUUACUGAGGAUCGCUGGCGAUCAAGAUGUUUCAGUUCGUACAGUGGCAAGUUGGGAUGCUCCCAGCCCAACACCAGAUCUUUCUGUCGACAAAGUCGUUAGUCUGCAAUAUCUGAGUGGUUCGGCUACUACAUGUAUCGUCCUCGAAGGAGGCGACAUCAUCACAGUUCAGGAAGAUGAUUUUUCAGGCCAAGAUGCUCAUAUCGAGAUUGUUGGUUCCAUUGAUGCUGGUAUUGCUGCCGCUCGAUGGUCUCCUGAUGAGGAGCUACUUAUCAUCGUCACAAAGGAGAACAAUGUUAUCUUUAUGGGCUCAAGCUUUGAUCCCGUUGCAGAAAUCACAAUGACAGUGGAGGAUCUCAAUGCUUCUAAGCAUGUUUCCGUUGGAUGGGGAAAGAAGGAGACGCAAUUCCAAGGUCGGGGCGCAAAGGCCAUGCGUGAUCCUACGAUCCCUGAAAAGGUCGAUGAGGGUGUACCUAGUCCUCAAGAAGACGGAGCGACGACUAUUAGCUGGAGAGGAGACGGUGCAUACGUCGCUAUCAACUCCGUGCAAGAGGGUUCUCGCCGUGUUAUCCGAGUUUACUCCCGAGAAGGUGAGCUCGAUAGUGCAAGUGAGCCUGUCGACGGUUUCGAGAGUGCUUUGAGUUGGCGACCAGCUGGAAAUCUGAUGGCUGGUAUUCAAAGAUUCUCAAACCGUAUAGAUGUUGUUUUCUUCGAGAGGAACGGUCUACGACACGGAGAGUUCACACUUCGUUCUCCCUCUGGGCCAGUUGAUGCUCAUGAAAAGAUACGUCUUGAGUGGAACUCGGAUUCUACGGUUCUAGCAGUCAUCUUCAAGGAUAUGAUCCAGCUAUGGACCGUGGGUAACUAUCACUGGUAUCUCAAGCAAGAGAUGCCGAUCGAGGCAAACUCGACAUGUCUGUCGUGGCACCCUGAGAAGGCUCUGCGCUUCGCUGCUGCCUCUACAAGCAAUGUUGUUGUGGCCGAGCAUAUCUUCUACACAGCAAGGGGGUCAUGUCUACCACCCCACGACAACGGUGCUAUCGCAGUUAUCGAUGGUGAGACGGUCAAAUUGACCCCAUUCCGAACCGUCAACGUACCACCUCCCAUGUCAAUGUUCGACAUCACGGUUGCCUCAGCCGUAGUUGACGUUACUUUUGGUCGCGAUAACACCUCUUUUGCUAUCCUCCACCGUAAAGGUAUUGACGUUUAUGCCUGGCCUGUCAAGAAUGGCCGGUCCAUCAAGCCGCAAUUCUCGAAGAAGAUCACCUUUGACGAGAUGGCUAGCCCUGGCUACAACGCUCUUCUCAGAAUUGCUGCUGUUGCUGAUGCUUUCCACUACUUCAGUUUUGAGGAAGAAAAGGGGUUUGUUCAGCGAUCAGUGCAGGUUAGCGGGGAGGGUGAGGCAUCUCUUGCCGAUAUCAACUCCAAGGAGAACUUGGUUGCUACAGCCAGUUAUCAAGACGACAAUUUCUUUACAGGCUAUGGUCAAGACAACUCAGGAAAGCUAUUCCAGAUCAGCGAUUCUGGCAAUGAUAUUCUCCCCGUUCAAUUCCAGACACAACUACCUUGGUUCGAGAUCAGCAAAGUUGACAAAGAAAUCGUUGCAUUUGGUCUGUCCAGGAACGGUCAUAUCUACGCCAACUCUCGUCUCCUAGCCAAGAACUGUACCUCUUUUGUCGCCACUCCAAGCCAUCUCAUCUUCACUACUAACAACCACUUGGUCAAGUUUGUUCACUUGUCCGCUGAUGUCAAUGAGCUUGAAGUCCCGGCCGAUGACCCAGAGACCGACGAACGAUGCCGUAGCGUCGAGCGCGGAUCUCGACUUGUCACUGCCAUUCCUUCCAACAUGAGUAUCGUUCUUCAGAUGCCCCGUGGAAACUUGGAGACUGUCUUCCCUAGAGCUAUGGUGGUGGCUGGUAUUCGCAACUUGAUUGACGAGAAGAACUAUUCACGGGCAUUCUCGUACUGCCGAACUCAGCGUGUGGAUAUGAAUAUCCUCUACGACCAUCAGCCCGAGCAGUUCUUGACCAAUGUGGGACUAUUCCUCGACCAAAUCCCAGACGUCGCCCACAUUGAUCUCUUUCUCUCUUCGCUUCGUGCCGAAGAUGUCACUCAGACCAUGUACCAAGACACAAAGCGGCCCAAAGCCUUCGGUACAGAUGCCGUUCCCUCUGACCUGUCUCCUGCACCUCGUGGUUCUGCAGCCAAGGUCAACACCGUCUGCGACGCUCUUCUCAGCGCCCUACAGAGCCGCAAAGCCACCAACCUCCAGAACACUAUUACUGCGCACGUGUGCAAGUCGCCACCUGCCCUCGACGAUGGUCUUCUCCUUGUCUCUGAGUUGAUGCGCGAGGACGAGAAGAUCGCUGAGAAGGCUGUCGAGCAUAUUUGUUUCCUGGUCGACGUCAACCGUCUAUAUGAGAACGCUCUGGGUCUUUAUAACCUCGAGUUGGCUCUCCUCGUCGCUCAACAAUCACAGCGCGAUCCUCGUGAAUACUUGCCCUUUAUCCAGAACCUGCACUCUCUUCCAGAGCUCCGUCGAAAGUUCGAAAUUGAUGAUCACCUUGAACGCCGUGUCAAGGCCCUUGGCCAUCUCCAGACUUUGGAUGUCUUCGACGAGCUUCUCGCAUACACCGUUAAACACUCUCUAUACCACGAUGCCCUGCGAAUCUACCGCUACGACCCUCCCCGCCUUCGAGAGCUUACAGCUGCAUAUGCCGCCUACCUCGAGUCCACCUCGGCUUACCGUGAGGCAGGUCUCGCCUACGAGUCCCUCGAGAACUACGCCAAGGCAACAAGCUGCUACCGAACCGCCGGCGCUGCAUGCUGGCAGGAGUGUCUCUACACUGCGGCCCAGCAGCAACCUCCCAUGUCGUCUGAGGCCAUGGCUGACCUCGCCAACAACCUUGCGGAUGCCCUCUGGGAAUCGAAAGAUUACUCGUCUGCGGCGACUAUCCACCUCGAAUAUCUCGAUUCUAUUGAUAUGGCUGUCCGAUGCCUCUGCAAGGGUUACCACUUCGCCGAUACUAUCCGCCUUGUCGUUCAACGCAACCGUUCCGAUCUUCUAGCCACCAGUGUCGACACCGGUCUUGCAGACGCACUAGGCACUACAACUGAGUUCCUUGCUGACUGCAAGGCUCAGCUAAAGGCCCAGGUUCCUCGUGUCGCUGAGCUUCGACGCAAGGCUAUCGAAGAUCCUCUUGCAUUCUACGAAGGAGAUCGCGCCGGUGGCAUGGACAUCCCCGAUGAUGUUUCAAUCGCUGCAUCUUCGCGCGUCAGCACCAGUGCAUCACUCUUCACACGAUACACAGGCAAGGCUGGAAGCGUGGGCACAGCUGGAACAGGCGUCAGUCGCGCAACAAGUAAGAACCGCAAGCGAGAAGAAAAGAAGCGCGCUCGUGGCCGUAAGGGAACAGUCUACGAGGAGGAAUACCUCGUCAACAGUAUCCGUCGUCUGAUUGAGCGUGUAAGCGCCGCCGCAGCCGAUACCGAGCGUCUCAUCUUUGCGCUUGUGCGAAGAAACAUGCCUGAGCGAGCACGCGCCGCGGAAGCCCUCAUGGCCGAGGUGUCUGAGGCUUGCACCUCUGCUGUUGCGGAUGUUUUCAAGCCAUUGGAAACGGAGAGUGAGAAGAAGCCAGAGGGCGAGCCGGCGUGGCAUGCUACAGGAGGAGAUGCAGUGUUGCAAGAUUUCGUGAUGGGACAGGGAAAGAAGUUGGAGCCUCCUGUUGUGACAGGAGUUAAGAAGCUUACGCUAUUGGGAUCAUGA